GAAGUGGAGCCUGUGCCUUUAAGAGAGGACACCUCGGACCAGAGGGAGCGUUCCUCCAGGAGGCGCGCGGCCUGUGCGCGCGGCCUGUGCGCGCGGCCUGUGCGGGCGGACUUAAAGCUGGGCACCGUAAGACACGGUACCGGAAUAGAGGACCGAGACGUCCAAAGCCCGAGGUCUGCUCCUGCUCUGAGGCCGCUCAGGAUGGAGGGGAAGCAGUGCUGUGUGAAGCUGUCUGUCCAGCCCUCCAGAGGCCUGGUGGAUGAGAAGCUGCUGGUCCUGAUCCAGAACCUUCCCCCCGGCCUCCCGCUGACCGUGCGUGCUGCCCACCAGUGUGAGGACGGACACAGCUGGCACGCGUUCGCUCACUACAACGCGGAUGCCACUGGGACUGUGAACGUUUCAGAAGACGCCAGUCUGGGUGGAACGUACUCCGGGGUGGAACCCAUGGGUUUACUGUGGAGCCUUAGGCCAGUUCCAGGGAGCAAACCUGGACUCCGGAUGAGGAAGAAGAACAUCCAGAGUCCUAUGGUGCUAAUGAUCUCGGUGUACCAGGGUCACCUGUGUGAAGGCUUUGCUGCUGGAGUCCCACUGGCAGGUGUCAUGGUGGAGCGCUGGUACAUGGCCCCAGGGGUCCGCAGGGUGCCCGUCACAGAAGACGGACUGACGGCAAUGCUUUUCCUGCCCUCAGUUGGCUUCCUGAAGGACCGGGACCUUUCCCUGGUGUCUUGGACCUGUGGGGGGGGGGGUGGCCAGUUGGUGGAGUAUCGUGCAGCGCUGCUGGCCUCUCAUGGAUUCGCCUCGCUGGCCCUUGACUACCUGACGUGUAAAUUCACCAUGGAGACUGGGAAGAUGGUAGACAACCAAUACUUUGAGAAUGCCUACAGAUACCUGCAGCAGCAUCCUCAGGUUCUGGGGAGCAGGAUUGCUAUGCUGGGUCUCUCUUUGGGUACCAGUAUCACCCUCAAAAUGGCAGUGUACUCCCAAGUAGUAAAGCUCCGCUGUGCUGUGUGUAUUAGUGGGAGCCAUGUGCAGCCUGUGGAUGGAUCUCUAGAACAAAUAAUGGCUUUCUUUAACAAAAAUUCUGACAAGACAAUCUUCUCUGAAAACAACGAGCUGAUUUGGCGAAAUCUGCUGCUGCCCAUCCCCACCGACCCCGCUUACAAAGUGGAUGUGGGACGACUCCAGUGUCCGCUGCUGCUGGUUGUAGGGGAAGAUGAUCACAACUGGUGUGCCUCAGAGUCUGCAGAGGAUAUGAAGGAGAUGAUGGAGCGGGCGGGGAACAGCCACCUGCUAACGGUGCUGUCAUACCCAAACGCAGGUCAUCUGAUCGAGCCCCCAUACUCCCCGUUUGCCCGUGCCAGCCUGUUCAGGACAGUCCAGACACGGGAGAAAGUGAUAGCUCUGUGGGGGGGGCAAACGCUGGAACACUCUCGUGCUCAGGAGGACUCCUGGAGGAAGAUGUUGGUCUUCCUGAGGGAGAAUCUGUAUGGCACCCCAAACCCUGGCAUGACAUCAUUUUCCCACCUGUAAUCAGGAUAAGGACUUUUGAUUGUACAACUGCCUAAUGAAGCCAUAAUUAUUUUCCAUCAUGGGUAACAGAAUUCAAUCCCUUCUGUGAAAUUCAGAGGUUUCUGACCAGCGGGAAACAAGUCAUGUGACUUUUUUUUUCAUUUUCUGAUACAUUAUUCUGAUGUAUUAUCAUGAAAACAAGGGAAAUUUCUUUUAACAUCCUCUGUAAUGUAUUCAGUGCAUCAGCAAGAUCAAUAACCAGUGAGCAUGCUCUGUCUUUGUCCAAAAACAACUCUGUCUUUUCAGAAAUACAGAAGGAGCAGCACAAUUAACAUCGUAAUUAUUGCUAGAGGUUCAAAAUCAUUAAAUGCUGUGUCGUUGGCAAUAUUGUGAUAUGUCAGACAAACACAAAAGACAGCCCAAAGACUGACUGUGAGUGCAGGUAUGUGGGAGAGUGGGUGCACAAAGUGUUUAAAACUAUCAGGAAUUUUUAAAAUAGUAUGCUUAUAUGUUUUAUUUUGCCAAAACUGUGGGUUGAAAUUGAACUUUAGGCCUUAAACGUUUCAGCUGGUAGAGAGUAAAUUUCUCUAAAUACCACAUUAAUUUGACAUUAAAGUUUGCAUUUUAGCUCAAAUGUUGUUUUUGCAGUUGAAGUAAAUUGACAAGUGGUUUAAUAAAGCUUUUCCUGUCAGAAUAGCUCACAUUUCUCAUUGUUUUGAACUUAGUUAAAUCCACUCCUCACAUCUAGUUUGUUGAUCUUUUGGAGUUGUGUUGCUUAACAGUUGUCAUAUGUAUGUAAAACACUUUCAAUCACUUUAUUCAGUGAUCAUAUGCUGAAUGUAUUUAAUGAAUAAAUGAUUACAUUAGCUUGUUCAGCCAUUUUGUCCAAUGUACCUUUAAAGAAACGACUUAAAGUGCUUUAACUUCAAAUUAGUGCAUCUUCCUGAAAAUCAGUUUUUCUGUGCAAUGAUUAAAGAUUUGAAUUGCUCUACCUGCUUCUUUAAAAUCUUCAGAACAUUAACUUUUAAAAGACUUGAAUUGGU